AUGUACUUUUUUAUGAUUAUUCAAACUGGCUCUUCUUUUAUUAUGGCCUAUAAUUUAUGCAUAAAUAAAGAUUUCCACAAUAAAAAAUUUAUGCUAAAUUCGUAUAAUACUCUUGUAAUAGCUGGUGCCAGUGGCUCAGGAAAGUCUACAAUCGUACGACACUUACUGCAUAGAUACCCCUGCAAGUUCACUAUUUCUGUGUCAUACACUACCAGAGUGCCUAGAGAAAAAGAAAGAGACGGGAAAGACUACUUUUUCAUAACGCGUGAUAAGUUUAUGGACAAGAUAAAGAAUAAUGAGUUUAUUGAGUAUGCCGAGUAUGCUGGGAAUUAUUAUGGGACUGGCAUAGAAUAUAAAACCCCGCAAACAGGAAAGAUUCUUCUGUUAGAAAUAGAAAAGAAUGGCGUGAAAAGUAUAAAAGAGUCUGGAGUUAAAGCAGCAUACGUGUAUAUAUAUGCACCCGAAUCUAUUUUACAUGAAAGAAUUUCUCAAAGAGCUUUAAUAACCCAAGACGAGCUAAGCAAGCGCCUCAUGAAGGCAAAAGAAGAGAAUAUAUAUGGGCACAGCAGCGAGUUUGAUAAAGUAAUUGAUAAUACAAAUCUUAAUGAUGCAAUUAAUGAAAUUGAAAGCUUUUUAAAGUCCACAUUUGGUCUUAACUAGAAAUUAUUUAAGGCCUAUUAUUUUCUAAAUACAUUUUCAUGUAUUUUGAAUAAGAAAACCCCCAAUUUUUUUGAAGUGUUGUAUUUGGUACUCUGCUUCUGUAAUUUGAAUAUAGAGCAAUUAAGCUGUCUUAUAAAAUAAGUAUUUGCAAGUCUACAACUAAUAAUUAUAGUUAGUUGCUAAUAAACCGAUA